GGCAGAGAUUGGAAAGGGUUUCAGAGGGAGGGGUGUUUGAGACGGGGACAGGGUGUCUGACUGUAAUGGGGGACUGUGAUGGAUGACAUCAGGAGGUGCACGGCCAGGAUGGAGGGGUCUAUUGCAAUCGGGAAGGAGGUAUUGGUUCCUAACAUGAGAUGCGGGAGCUUCCUGGUCUUGAUCAGGGGAAGAACUUAGCUAUGGGGGUUUGUGUUGGAUGAAGGGAGAUUUCAGUCGGGGGCACGAGAUGGCACAGUUGUGAUGUAGGUUGCCAUUAGGAAUAAGGGGCAGUGUAAUGGGGGAGUGUCCAAUUCCUGAUCAUAAAGGGGCCUAGGCGCUAUUUGAAGCCAGGACUGUCGGGAUUGUGGUCCUUUGCCAUGGGCAGCUAGGAGCAGUGGUAAUGUGGGCGUCUAGGUCGUGAUUAGGAUGGAACUGUAGUACAUGAGAUGGAUUUGACAUGGGGGGCAACGAGGACCCGACGGGUUAAGUCACGGGCUCACAGAAGAACCCUGCAACCAGGUACCAGAUCCAGUUCAGAGGCGGAAUCGCUCUCGCUUUGCGCAGGCGCAGCACUGGCGAGCUAGACGCUACGGUUGGAGGCGGGCCCGGAGGGGUGGGGCUUAGAAGCUUCACUCUGCGCUUGCGCCGAAGGGGCGUGGCGGUCGCACCUGCGCGAGUUGGGGGAAGGAGGAGGGGCGAGGUGACGCAGGCGUAAUAAUAGAGAAGGUGCCAGAAAGAUCCAAAACAAGUGGCUGCGGCCGUCGCCCAGGAGUCGUCAGACGCCGGAACCCGGUGAGGAUCCAGAGAGGCCUGAGGGCGACUGGUGGCGGGCCCUGGUUCUGAGCUUGUGCCGCCCCCCUCCCCCGGGUAUGGCGCUGUCCGGGUUGACCCCGGCCCCGAGCUGGGAGGAGGAUGAAUGUCUGGACUACUACGGGAUGCUGUCGCUUCACCGUAUGUUCGAGGUGGUGGGCGGACAGCUGACCGAGUGCGAGCUGGAGCUGCUGGCCUUCCUGCUCGACGAGGCCCCCGGCGCGGCCGGCGGUCUGGCCCGCGCCCGAAGCGGCCUGGAGCUGCUGCUGGAGCUGGAGCGCCGCGGGCAGUGCGACGAGAGCAACCUUCGGCUGCUGGGGCAACUCCUGCGCGUGCUGGCGCGCCACGACCUGCUGCCGCACCUGGCGCGCAAGCGGCGCCGUCCAGUGUCACCGGAACGUUACAACUAUGGCACCUCCAGCUCUUCCUCAAAAAGGACAGAAGGCAGCCGCCGUCGCCGUCGCCAGUCAAGCAGUACCUCAAAUGCCCAGCAGGGCCAAUGGGAGACAGGUUCCCCACCGACCAAGCGGCAGCGGCGGAGUCGGGGCCGGCCCAGUGGUGGUGCCCGACGGCGGCGGAGAGGGGCCCCAGCCACCCCCCAGCAGCAGCAGGAGCCAGCCAGACCUGCCUCAGAAGGCAAAGUGACCUGUGACAUCCGGCUCAGGGUGCGAGCAGAGUACUGUGAGCACGGGCCUGCCUUGGAGCAGGGCGUGGCAUCCCGGCGGCCCCAGGCGCUGGCCCGGCAGCUGGACGUGUUUGGGCAGGCCACUGCAGUGCUGCGCUCCCGGGACCUGGGCUCCGUGGUGUGUGACAUCAAGUUCUCGGAGCUCUCCUAUCUGGACGCCUUCUGGGGCGAUUACCUGAGUGGCGCCCUGCUGCAGGCCCUGCGGGGCGUGUUCCUGACUGAGGCCCUUCGUGAGGCCGUGGGCCGGGAGGCUGUCCGCCUGCUGGUCAGUGUGGACGAGGCCGACUACGAGGCUGGCCGGCGCCGCCUGCUGCUGAUGGAGGAGGAGGGAGGACGGCGCCCAACUGAGGCCUCCUGAUCCUGGACCUGGAAGGACUGAACCCACCUCCCAGCCUCCGGGCCACUUUCUCCCCCGGAGGACAUCCAUCUCUGCCCCUAGAGGACUGUCACUCCAGCAGCUCUGAGGACUGGACAGAUGGCCUGGCCCCUUGACAGCCUCUCCCACAGGAUGUGGGCUCUGAGGCCUAAACCACUUCCACCUGAGUUUUCUUCCCAGCCUUCCCCCAACCCUACCCCCAGGUGUGUUCCCUCAGCUUCAGGAGGCCAGGGGCACAGGCAUGCAGACCGGAAAGGAGGGAGGCACAUCUACACAUUCACCAAAGGCCCCCUGCACACCGUGUCCCUGACCCUGGGCUUUGUGCACACAUGCACACUGCCCCCUCUGGAAUUUCCCCUGGCUGCCCUGGCCUGCUCCACACAUGUCUUUGGCCUCAGGGCUUCUCUCUCAGGAUCUCUGAUUUUACUGCCCCCAACCCUGGACUCCAGCACCGCUGGGCCCUGGGGCUAGGGUGCACAUGGGGCCUGCUCACCUUGCCCUCACAUCUCCACAGCCGGCCAGGGCUCUGCCCAGCUUCCAUACACAGACCUGGCUCCACAUCCUCCUGCCCCCCCAGAGUUGGACGUGCAGACUUGGACAUGGACCUGCACCCAGCGUGUCACACCGCAGUGCAUGUCACACCACAGUGCAGCAGCAUUAGACCAAGUGUGUUGCCUAUGGGGCCAGGAUCAGAAACCCAACUUCCUUCUCAGAAAGGGAAGGCAGAGGCUUGGGGCUGAUGGGAAAGGCCUUUUAUAAAUGGCGCCAAUAAAACUGCCCUGGACUGGGGCUUAGGGUGGGCAUCGAGA